CCUCUUCUGUUUUGAUCUUUGAACCUGAAGCGUUGUGUCUGUUCCUCUAGAAGCACCUGAUUGCUGACCAUCUUUGUCCGUCACGUCCCAAUGUCUCUGCACCAAGUCUGGGAGGCAGCUUCUGCGAGCCCUUACUCUCCCCUUAUCGCGAAAGAUAGCCAGUUCUUCGUCGGCUUUAGUCUUCUGCUUGCUGCCUUCUUACUUACCGGUCUCUUCGGAUUGAAUCGGUCUUUCACCAGCAUUGCACUGUUCGGCGUCCCAGCUUCGCUGGCGUUUGGCUUCGGAGCCGUUUAUAUGAUCUGUGCCGUUGGGGUCUACUUAUCUCCUCAGAUACCCAUGUACCAUAUACUGGAAAGGACGAGCAAUCCAAAAGCCAUGACGGACUCGGAACCCAUUUUUACAGCUGUCUCCAGCAACGCCCAUCACCUCUACACGCUCCUACAAUGCAUCGGCUUCGCACCCAAAGCCACCGUGCAGCUCACGCCCGACGGAAUCCGUUUCUCCGUGGAAGAAGCACGAACAGUACAGGGUCUCGCCUUCCUCGACAAGGCCCUCUUCACGAGCUACAUCUUCAACGCACCGCGCCCGCCCGCCACUGCGACCGAUGACCACGACGAGGACCACGAAUCCCCACCCACAAACACCGACACCGACACAACGACACCAACAACAUAUUACCCGUGCUUCGAAAUUUCUCUCUCCGCCCUCCUCGAAACCCUAAAGAUCCUGGGCAUCAACGACUCCUCCGCGUCGGGCGGCGGGAGCAGUAGUUCCCGCGCCGGCAGCGUCCAACCGGGGCCCAGCGCCUUCACCACCCCCGCGUUACUCCUCGACCGCUCCUGCACCCUGCGCUACGACACAGAAGGCAGCCCGCUCAGCAUCACUCUCACCGAAACCGGUGUCAAAACCACCUGCGAGCUGACCACGUACGAGCCCGAAGGCGGCGAGAUCGAGAUUCCGCUACAGCGCGACGCCAUCUGCAUGAAGAUCAUCAUGCGGUCCGCCUGGCUCCACGACGCCAUCACCGAGCUGGCAGCUACCGACCCGGUUGCCCUCAAGGUCUCCGCCUCCGCGACGCGGGAACCGUUCUUCGCGCUCUCCGGCGCCGGCGGCUCGUUCAGCGAGUCGACCGUCGAGUUCUCGGUCGAGAAUCAGACGACCGGCGGUGGUGGUGGUGAUGGUGGGGCAUCGAACAACGGUGCGGAAGGAGAGAACGAGGGUGCGUCCAGGGCGAAAAGGGCGCGGCUCGCCCCGACAGUCACCGAGACGUUUCUGGUCAGUCCGCCUUCGUCGAUGGGGUCGAGAAUCCGGCAGGAUUACAAGUUCGCGUCUAUCCAGAAGGCGGCGCGCGCGAUGGCGGUCGCUAACAAGGUCAGUAUCCGGGGUGAUCGGCAGGGGGUGCUGAGUCUACAGUUCAUGAUCGAGUUUGAUGUCAAUGGUGGCAGUGCCGCUAAGUUGUCUGCCAGAGGUGGUUUGGCGCCGGUGGUGAGCUUUGUGGACUUUCGGUUCGUACCGUUGCUGGACGGGGAGGGGGAUGGGGAGCUGCUGUAG